AUUUUUGAUGUUGCAGAUAAAUCGUUCGUAAAAUGUUCCAGAAUUUUUCUAUAUGUAGAGAUAGCCUUAUUGGUAUUACAAGAUUUGCUAUAUCUAAAAAGAAACUUUAUAGAGAUGGUUCAACAAUUUAUAUCUAUAAUGUUUUAUUACAAUCACAACUACCGCAAGUCACAAAUAUACAAGGUUUAUCAGUCAGAUUCUAUUCGAAUCCAGCAAGGAGACCUAGUUUUUUAUCAAAAUUUCUUGAAAAUAUCAAGCAAGAAAUGCAAAAAAAUAAAGAGAUGAAAGAAUCUUUAAAGAAGUUCAGGGAAGAAGCAGAAAAACUGGAACAAUCUGAAGCCUUGCGUUCUGCUAGACAAAAAUUUCAUGCAGUUGAAUCUGAAGCUACCAAAGGAUCUGAAGCUCUGAAGGAAAAGUUAGGAUCUUUAAAGGGAAAGGUACAAGAAGUUCUUGAAGAAGCCAGUAAAACGGAACUAGGAAAAAAGGCUGGCCAACUGGGUGAAGGAAUAUCAAAGUCUGCAAAAGGAGCAGCAGAAACAUUAUCUGAAAAAAGUCAGGCUUUGGGUAAAACAAGUGCAUUUCAAACAAUAUCUCAAACUGCAGAAGCUGUACGUGAGGAAUUAGAUAAUCAAGGAAUGCAUGGAAGAGUGUAUGACCCACCAAAAAAACUAAGAAAAAGAAAAGACGUGAUAGAAUCAGUAGAUGGUAAAAUUGUUCAACCAAACGCAGAAGCCACAGGAGUUGAACUUCAUAAAGAUUCUAAAUUUUAUCAAUCAUGGCAAAAUUUCAAGGAUAAAAAUCCAUAUGUGAAUAAAGUAUUGGAAUGGAAAAUCAAAUACGAAGAAUCCGAUAAUCCGGUAAUUCGUGCUUCCAGAUUAUUGACUGAAAGAGUUACAGAUAUAAUGGGUGGGUUGUUUCAAAAGACAGACCUAUCAGAAACAUUAACACAAAUUUGUAAACUAGAUCCUAAUUUCGAUAGAGUACAGUUUUUAAAAUAUUGUGAAACUGAUAUUAUUCCAAAUAUUCUGGAAGCUAUGGUGAGGGGAAAUCUUGAGAUUUUAAAAGACUGGUGUCAUGAAGCUCCAUAUAAAUUAAUAGCACAGCCGCUAAUACAAAUAGAAAAAUUAGGAUAUCAAUUAGACAAUAAAAUUUUAGAUAUUAAUAAUGUAGAUUUAGUAAUGGGCAAAGUAAUGGAAGAAGGACCAGUUUUAGUGAUUCGCUUUCAAUGUCAACAAAUUGUGUGUGUCAAAGAUGCCAAAAAUAACAUCAUUGAAGGAAACCCUGAUAAAAUAAUGCGUGUGACUUAUGUCUGGGUAUUAUGCCGUGAUCCUACAGAACUUAAUCCAAAAGCUGCAUGGCGUUUACUUGAUCUCAGUGCCAACAGUAGUGUACAGUUAUUAUAGUGUACAGUUUAGGUAUAAAUUUAAUUAAAGCUUUAAACAUAAAUUAAUAUUAAUACAUGACUGAAAAAUAUGUAAGAACA